AGAGCAGCAUGGCGUCAGGCACCUAGCAAAACGUCCAAACACCUCGGAAAAGAAAGAGACACGGAUAGAGAGAGAGAGAGAGAGACUGAGAGAGAGACUGCAUCGGACAUUAUUUUUAUAUUUAUAACAGCUGAUGUUAAAACCAUGAGAGCUUCCUCUUCUUCUUCUUCAUCUUCUUCAUCAUCCAGGAUGAGGAGUGUGCAGGACAGCGGUGGGGGACUGUGGGAUUCGGUGAAAAAAGCAGCGUUUGUUAUUGGAUCAGGACUUUUUUUCCUGGUGGCCUUCAGGAACUCAGUAACAUGGCAUGUUCAGAGGUUUUGGGGAGCAUCAGGUGAUUUCUGGCAGACACAGUGGACCAGACUUUAUACAGCAUUUGAUGGAAACGAGGCGUAUCUGUUCUUCAUCGGAACGAUGCUGAUGCCGACGUUCUGCUUCUGGGUGUUUAAUGGCUUCUUGAUGAUCGUAGAUUCGACGGGAAAACCAGCGUUCGUCACACGCUACAGAAUUCAACAGAACAAAAACAACCCGGUGGAGCUGGAGCGUGUGUGGCGGGCAGUGAAGGUGGUUCUGUGUAAUCAAUUGUUCUUGUCAGUUCCGUUGGUGGUUCUCACCUACACUGUGAUGUCGUGGCGUGGAGAACCCUGCACUCCUCAACUGCCCACGUUCCACUGGGUUCUACUGGAGCUUUCUGUGUGUGGCCUGCUGGAGGAAGUGCUGUUCUACUACUCACACAGGCUGUUCCACCAUCCGUUCUUCUACAAACACAUCCAUAAGAUCCAUCACGAGUGGACGGCACCCAUCGGAGUCGUGGCUUUGUACGCUCAUCCCCUGGAGCAUGUGUUCUCCAACAUGCUGCCAGCUCUGAUUGGUCCGGUUCUGCUGGGUUCUCACAUGGCGACCACGUCCCUGUGGUUCAGCAUGGCUCUGAUCGUCACCUCCAUCUCACACUGUGGUUACCACCUGCCCCUGCUGCCCUCGCCUGAGUUCCACGACUUCCACCACCUCAAGUUUAAUCAGUGUUACGGCGUUCUGGGAGUUCUGGACCGGCUUCAUGGCACCGAUGAUAAAUUCCGAAAAACCAAAGAAUACGAGCGACACACACUCCUGCUGAGUCUCACACCACUCACACAGAGCAUCCCCGACACGCCCAAAAAAUUAGUGACAUCAUCACCACCCCGACACGCCCAUAAAACAAGAGUGACAUCAUCACCACCCCAACACGCCCAUAAAACAAGAGUGACAUCAUCACCACCCUGGACACACCCAUAAAACAAGAGUGACAUCAUCACCACCCUAGACACGCCCAUAAAACAAGUGACAUCAUCACCACCCUGGACACGCCCAUAAAACAAGUGACAUCAUCACCACCCUGGAGAAACCCCAAACAUUUGUAACAUCAUCACCACCCUGGACACAAAUUUAGUGGAUUUUAUUUUCGUUAGGAUUUUUUCAUUCAUCUGAGAAUGAUUUGUGCUUCAUUGCUGUCUCUGAUGUGCCCUCAGUGAUUCCCCCUAAUCAGUCUGAAGUGCACACUACACACUAGCUACAUACUAACUACACACUAAGUGUUGUUCAGAAUAAAGGUCAGAAUCUGAACACAAUCUGGUAUUAAGUUUUAAAAUAUGAAGUGUUUUAUUGAUGAGAUGGAUUCAGUUCCUGAGACACCGCAGCGACUGCGUCCAAAUAUCCGGAUUGUGUUCAUGCUACGUGCUGAUACAGAUCAGAACCACUGAAUCAACGGCUGAGCAGCAGGUACUGAAUCAAAUGCAGUAAAUCAUUAGCGUCUCUUAAAAUGGCGGCGAAGAGAACUUCACCAAGAGGAGGUGGACGAUGGCACAUUACAGUCAGGAAUGAAAUGCUGCUAAUAACGUAAACGUGUUUUUAGAUAAAGAGAUGUAGGAUGUAAUUUUUCAGAUUCUGUGUUUCUGCAUUAAUAAUAAGAAGAAAUAAUAACUUUUUAAAUAAUCACAUUAAAGCUUUGCUUGGCUAAGCAUUUAUUUUUAAAAUGAUUAUAAAUCUGAAGUUUAACAGAAUAACAUUUAUAUAGGAGGUUAGGGUUAAGAUUAACCCAUCAACAUUACAAACUACUGUUUUUAAUAAUUUAGCUAAUAUUAGCACUUUCCUCAUCAAUUUAUAUAAUUAUAAUUACUGAACACAAAUUACUUCACACACACAGCAUUUAAAAUAAAUAUAAAUAUACUAUAAAUGUGUUUAGUAAAUGUUCUGAUUUUAAUAUUACCUUUAUCUUAAGAUUGUUAACUACUGUGUAGCGGUGCGUUAAUGUACAGAUCUGUAUUAAUGAUAAUUAAAUCUAAUUCUGCA